UUUGAUUGUAGAAACCAAUGGACACUGGCAGUAAUGAGCAACAAAAACCUGGAAUUUAUAGACAAGAAAAGGAGAUGGAUUCUGGAGACUUUCCAGUUAAACAAAAAAUUCAAGAAGCUGGAACUGCUUCAACUGUAGAAUCAAUCCAAAGGCAGCAAGAACAAAUGGAUGAGAUUGGGCUUACCAGUACUCUGCAGCACAUUGUGGGACAGUUGGAUGUUCUCACUCAGACUGUUUCCAUUCUAGAACAAAGAUUAACGUUAACGGAGGACAAGCUGAAGGAGUGUCUUGAGAAUCAACAAAAAAUUGCUCAAAGUAAAUCUAACUGAUUCUCUCCAGAGCUGAUGAAGGCAUUUUGUAUGAAUGGUUUUAAAGUGAAACAUAUCUUAUUUUAUUAGAAUAAAUUGUAUAGCUAAUGAUGUUUGUAAA